UCCCUGACUUGGCCUGAAUGCUGACGAGAAAGUGAGCUCCUCCGUAGACUCCGCCCGCGGCUCCCCCUCCCUCAUCAUCUCUGUGUCACACAUCAGCCAUCACACACGGCAGCAGCAGCCUCCGGAGCACAGCAUGGCCGCAGCAUUCAAGGACGGCUUCGAGAAGUUCCUCAGCCAGAAAAAUGUGGUCACCGACCUGCUGGAGAAGAUCGAGGCCAAGACCGGGGUGAACCGGCGCUACAUAGCCCUGGCAAUCAUUGGCAUCUUAGCUGUUUACUUGGUGAUCGGUUAUGGGGCGUCUCUGCUUUGCAACUUGAUCGGAUUUGGCUAUCCAGCAUACAUCUCAAUGAAGGCCAUUGAAAGUCCCAACAAGGAUGACGACACUCAGUGGCUGACCUACUGGGUGGUGUAUGGAGUAUUCAGCAUCAUUGAGUUUUUCACUGACAUCUUCCUUUCCUGGUUUCCUUUCUACUAUAUGAUCAAGUGUGGAUUCCUCUUGUGGUGUAUGUCUCCCAGCCCAUCCAAUGGUGCUGAGCUGCUUUACAAGAAAAUUAUCCGCCCCCUUUUCUUGAAACACGAGGGACGGGUGGAUCGCCUGGCGAAGGACAUUAAAGACAAAGCUGCGGAGACUGUAGACACUUUCGGCAAAGAAGCUAAGCGGGCCACAGUGAACUUGCUUGGUGAUGAGAAGAAGAGCACUUAGUCCUGGACUUGUGGUGACAUCUGUCCCCUCUAAGCACCUCUCUGUUACACGGGACAGUGGUAUCAUUUGUACUCCUCCUCUGACCGGGGGGCCUGGAACACAUGGCUGACCGCAGACUGGGGAACUCUGUGUUUCAGACCUCGCUGGUGCUGAGGAGCUUUAAUAUUGUUGCCUUGGAAAGCUGUUUUUUUAUAUGAAGACCAGACUGUGUUGAAGUAGCUGUACUAUUUUGCUGUUGUCUAUAGAGGAGGUCAGCAUUUUUAUUUAAAAAGCCAUCAAGUGUCCAAAGCUUAAAGAAACGUCAGUGUGGGAAAGGCUUUUGUGUAUUGUUUUGUCCUGCAUUUAUUGGACCUGAAUAAACAGUCGCCAUACUGAA